UCCUACCUGGUCGGGAGGUGUAUCGCCUUCCCACACUUUCCCUUCUGGUGCUCCUUCCCCGGGCGGCAGCUUAGGUGGGAGGAAAAGUCCUGGCGUGAAGAAUUCAGCGGAAAAGAAAAAGCGAUUCUGAUGGGUUCUUGGAAAGCUUUUCUCUCCUCCCCUCUUCUGCUGUGGAGUCAAAGUAGAGGCGUGAGGCUGAUGUUCUUGUUGCUGACCCUGCAUUUGGGAAGCUGUGUUGAUAAAGCAGAUGAUGAAGAUGAUGAGGAUUUAACAGUGAACAAAACCUGGGUCUUGGCACCAAAGAUUCAUGAAGGAGAUAUAACACAAAUUCUCAAUUCAUUGCUGCAAGGCUAUGACAAUAAACUUCGCCCAGAUAUAGGAGUGAGGCCCACAGUAAUUGAAACUGAUAUUUAUGUAAACAGCAUUGGACCAGUUGAUCCUAUAAACAUGGAAUACACAAUUGAUAUUAUUUUUGCGCAAACCUGGUUUGAUAGUCGUUUAAAAUUCAAUAGUACCAUGAAAGUGCUUGUACUUAACAGUAAUAUGGUUGGGAAAAUUUGGAUUCCUGAUACUUUCUUCAGAAAUUCAAGAAAAUCUGAUGCUCAUUGGAUAACGACUCCUAAUCGUCUGCUUCGAAUUUGGAAUGACGGACGAGUCCUAUAUACUUUAAGAUUGACAAUUAAUGCAGAAUGUUAUCUUCAGCUUCAUAACUUUCCUAUGGAUGAACAUUCCUGUCCACUAGAAUUUUCAAGCUAUGGAUACCCUAAAAAUGAAAUUGAAUAUAAGUGGAAAAAACCUUCUGUAGAAGUGGCUGAUCCUAAAUAUUGGAGAUUAUAUCAGUUUGCAUUUGUAGGGUUGCGGAACUCAACUGAAAUUUAUCACACAAUCUCUGGGGAUUAUGUUAUCAUGACAAUUUUUUUUGACCUGAGCAGACGAAUGGGAUAUUUCACUAUUCAGACCUACAUCCCAUGUAUUCUGACAGUUGUUCUUUCUUGGGUGUCUUUCUGGAUCAAUAAAGAUGCAGUACCUGCAAGAACCUCACUGGGCAUUACCACAGUUUUGACCAUGACCACCCUGAGUACCAUAGCCAGGAAGUCCCUACCUAAGGUUUCCUACGUGACUGCGAUGGAUCUCUUUGUUUCUGUGUGUUUCAUUUUCGUUUUUGCAGCCUUGAUGGAAUAUGGCACCUUGCAUUAUUUUACCAGCAACGAACGAGCAAAGGCUGCUAGAGACAGAAAGCUAAAACACAAGGCCUCGAUAUCUCCUGGACUCCACCUUGGAUCCACUCUGAUUCCAAUGAAUAGCAUUUCUCUGCCACAAGCAGAAGACAAUCACGGGUACCAGUGUCUGGAGGGCAAAGACUGUGCCAGCUUCUUCUGCUGCUUUGAGGACUGCAGGACAGGGUCCUGGAGGAAGGGAAGGAUCCACAUCCGCAUUGCCAAAAUCGACUCUUAUUCGCGAAUAUUUUUCCCGACAGCCUUUGCGCUGUUCAAUCUGGUUUAUUGGGUUGCCUAUCUUUACUUAUAAGUUCUACUUGCUAAGAAAAAGCAUAAGAAAUUUGACUAAAUCCAAUAUAAUCUAUUGUACUUCAGUAACAUGAAGUUUAAAUGUAAAAUUCAGAGAAACAAUGACCAAAAUGUGAAUAUUAUUGUAAUCGUUUUAAGACUUUCAUAGGUCGGUAAAGUAGCAAUUUGCAUAUUAAGUUACUUAAAUUUAGGUAACACAGAUUACUUGUAAAAUGCAAUCUAUUAAAAUACUCAUAUAUUUUUACUUAAAUUUUAUUUAUUUUACUUAAAUCACAUUAGGAUUUUGGAUUAUGUUCCUGGAUUCAUAUUUUAAAGACAUAAUAAUUUUAAUACAUGAUUUAUUUAAAUAUGACCUUUAUAUGAGUGAGCCUAUUCUAAUGCCUAAUAUUUAUUGAAGUAAUUUUUCACCUAGAAAAUAUUGUUAAUUGUUUUUUUCUUUCUUUUUAUUUGUAUGCCCUAUUUGGAAUAGAGGAUUUUAAAAACAUAAAGCCAUGAUUUCCUGGGAUUUAUUUUCAAGAUGUUUAACUCCAAGGAAGAAAUUAACUUAUUUAUAAACUCUUUAUUAAUUAAAUAAUAACAUGCCAAUUUUACAUAAUUAAAAGGCCAAUUUUUUAUCUGUUUUAGUGAAGUCUAUUUCCUGACAGUAUUAACUAGAACUCUUGUUACAUUUAUUUUUUUUUUACUUUAAUUUAUUGAGGUGACAUUCGUUAAUAAGAUUAUAUAUAAUAUUUUGAUGAUUUACAAACUAGGAUGGACACCACCAAAGUCAUCUUUUUAAAAUACAAAGUAAAAAAUAUAAGAUUGUUACAUCUAAACAUAUUAUGCUCUACUUCUUAGCAUGUAUGUAGUAAAAGGAGUUAACACUGAAAUAUUUAGCUCUCCCAAGACUGGAAUUAAAUGGAGAAAGAAUUGAUUUUUAUCUGUAUGUUCUGCAAGUGUUACAUUCCCUAAAUUAACAAAAACACUGAGGAACUGUGCUUUGUGGUUAAAGAAUUAUUACCUAGCAAAUUGAGUAACAGUUCAUACCGAGGGCAUGGUCUUAAAUAUGAACUAUUAAGAUUUUUCAGACUAGAAAAGUUCUGGAAACACCGUUUUAGGAAUUUGUCAUAUAUUGCCUUUUCCAUCUCCUAAAUUUGGACGCUGUCAGUUUUACAACUUUGUUAUAAAUCUUUAUAAUAUUCUCUUUUCUAGGAGAUGGUAGCAGGCCCAAAAGUCAGGUUAAAGGUGGAAUAUGUUAGAGGCACCGCUAAUGAGCAUGAGUGUGGGGGGCUCUAAAUUACUGGACACAGGGGCAGAGAAAGCUUCACUCGAAUGUAAAGCCUGUUGGUGAAUAGCUUCCAAAACAUGUCUUUUGUUAAGAGGGAGUUAACUUCAGGCUUUAAUCUUUAUUUUCUUGUAACUAGUUUGGCAUAUCAAUUGUUUAUUAAAAAACCUGUAUUCAUUCACGAUCACCUAAUUUUCUAGAAAAUCUCCAGAGUGAUCUUGGAGAUAAAAGUUAAGAAUGGUUUCCAUUGCCAAGAGCAACUAUCAGGAUGAAGUUGCUGAUAAAGGCCUAUCUUGUUAAGUGGAUGAAGCUAUCACCUGUACAUUUGACAUUCUAGUUUUUAAUACAAUAACUCCUUCACAUGGUUAAUGAAUACAUGAGUGAGGGUCAGUCAUGUUAUACUUACGUUUUUAGAGUAUAGUUAUUACAAAUCUAAAUGUAUGUCAUUGUGUGCUCCCCGGAUAUGUCUGAAUUUUUACUAUGCUUAUAAAUUUCUGGGGGGAAAAAAAAAGCAUAAAUUGAACAAUAAUGCCCAAUUAUCCACCGACACUGCUUGUUUUGAAUGGAGAGCCAAAUUAAACUUUGGCCAUGUAAUAUAUCCACUUAUGAGUUAUUCAUGCAUUCAUUUGUAUAACAUCCAGAAUUUAUAGAUAUUCUUAAGGUGAACAUUAAUUUAGAGUUAAAUAAAAAAGUACCCAUGAAAAAUAAAACUCUUCAUUCAAAUGUAUGAUAGCCAUUUCCAUAAUGCAUUCUCCAAGGGAAUGCAGUUUUUGGCUGCAACUUGCUCAUUAUCAUGGUGGCAAAGUUAAUUCUGGGAUUUUUUUCAAGUCUGUCUGAGCAUGAUUAUAUUUUAAAAUACUUAAACAUGCUUAGUAUAAGUAGCUUUGAUUUUCUCAUUGGUGUUCCAUUAACCUGGCUUUGAAUGUUGGCAAUAUUUACAAGUGGAAAUAAAAUUGAUAAAAAUAAUUAAAGAUGUUUUUCUAUAUCCCUUCAUUGUACAUACCAUCAAAACAACCACUUUGUUUUUCAAGGCCAGUGAUAAUUUGUGCAGUUUUAUGUAAACACGUACAUCAGAAACAGAGGUAUGCAUAUAUUAUUUCUAAAAGUGAGAAUAAAAGGGCAAAAGUGCAGUUCAACUCCUUUUGCAAGAAAUCGAGUAGAACGUAUUUUCCAAGGGACUGCAGUGGAAUUCCUAUUCUUUUCUCUUUAAAAUGUUUUGCCAUUUGAGAAAUAAUUGUUUAAAAACACUCCUCUUUCUCCUGUGAGUUAUGUCUUAAUUUAUUGGAUUCUGGAAUAUGUUUUCUAGCUACUUUAAAUGUUUAUAACACUAACUUAAAAAAAUGGAUACAGAGGAUGAGAAGAAUAAUGAGCAGAAGGAUCUAGAAUCAUUUGGGGAAAAGUUAAUUCACAUAGACCACCUUCUAAAUAAGUGACCAGGAUCUAGACAUUCUGAGAAAGAAUAUUGUGACUGGUACACCUUUAUUCUCUUGGAUUUACAAAUGCAUGGUAAGAUAAACUUAGACUUACUUGAAAUUAAUUCCUAAAAUACCAAAUAGUUUCUGAAAAGAACAAACAAACAAACAAACAAAAGUCACUUAAGAUUAUCUGGGAAUUUACUAGAGAAAGGGACAAAUCCCUUAGUAAAUUCGUCUAAAUACAAAGUUUUAUUUUGAACAGGAAUUCCACAAUUUAUUGGAUUUAUUUUAAGUUAAAGACAUAUUUUAUAGAGGAGUUUUUAAAAUGGAUGAACUCUAAUUUAAAGCAAAGUAAAUUUGUGUAAAUAAAUGGACAAUCACCAGGUUUUCUUUUUUUCUUUAAUGUGUUCCCAUAUUCUGACAUCAAUAUGUACUCAUAAAAUAUGCUAUAUAUUUGCUUAAGAGCAAGGCCAAAACUGAGGGCAGCAUGCUUGCCAAUGAUUUAGAAUUUAAAAAAAAUGGUUGAGAGUACUUUCACAUCAAAGAGCCCAUAAUUAUAAAAUGUGAAAUUACGUUCCAAGUCAAUAUGUUACAACAAGAUACAUCUUGUAUGUUGAUUACAUAGAUUUAAUAAUCACAUAACAAAUGAAUAAAUACAUGUAAAAUUAUUGAAGUUUUAUAGCGGUGACUAUUUUGACUCUUGCUAAAUUACCUGUAGCAAGAUACCACACUUGUGAUUAUUUCAUGGAUCAUAGUGUUAGAAUUGAAGUGAUACAAUAGAUGUUUAAUGAUUUAGCAUUUCUCUCACCCAAAAGAUUUUGAGAAUAAUUUUUGACCAAGCUAUUUUUCUUUACAUCAUCAAAUUUGUGUCACUCCUCAGUGUCAUACAACACAAAGUCCAGAAAUAUUGCAUAAUAUUUCUAUUGAUCAUCACUGUUUUUCACAGCUAGGAGGCCCUUGAGAAGCCACUGUAAUGUCACAGAAACCCUUACUAACUCUCCAUAAAAACAAAAGAAUACAAAAACAAAGCAAAAUAUCUUUCCAAAUGGAGUUUCCAAACACUAUUGACCACAUUGCUCUAGAAAUGUAAGGUCAGUUCAGUCGCUUUUGUGUUUGCAUAUUGAAAGUGACAUAACCUAACUCAAAUAUUAUGCACUUUUUAUGUAUAAGAUACAUAGAUACAGUAGGGAAUGCAUAAAGAUGAACUCUCAAGGAACAUGUAAUCAGAUGAUUAUACAAUUAAAGGAAGAGAACUUGGGGAACGUUUCUUGGAGGAUAUGUGUUUAGAGAUGGGAGCUUGAGAUUCAAUAUGUCAAUAGGUGAAAUUAACAGAACUCACACCUUCCGUUAAGUAAACAGCUUGGAUAAAGAAACAGAAGCAUGGGCUUAAAUAAAAAUUUUAUUUUAAGGUUAAGAUUUAUUGGAGGUUAAGAUUUAUAUGGAGACGAUCGAAGAUGAUGCUAGGAAGAGGCCCAUGGUAGAGAGGCAAGAAUAUGAUCCUCAGGAGGUUGGGUAAUACCAUACGUUUGAAGCGUUCACAAAGAUGCCUGAGUACCAAAGAGCCAUCAGUGAUACUGCAGAAGUUUCAUCUUAUCAGUGUGUGAUGUUUGGAGUAAGAAAAGCCAGGUAGGAAGCUCCAUAUGCGGUAAGAGAGGAUGAAGGUCAGUACUCUGGUGAUAGAAGUUCAAUUGAGAAGGAGGAAAGAUAACCCCUGAAUAAGAAAGUAUAAGUGACAUACAUGAAGCUGUGAUUAAUAGAGAACGUUAACUGAGUGGCAUGGAGUUUCUGAGGGGAGAGGCGGUCCUGUAUUGUACACAUUUGUGUGUACUGGACACUAGACCAUAGCAAGGAAAUUCUGGAUGUACUACAACCUUUGCUGUUACUGUGAACAUUGUUAAUCAAAUGCUUCUUUUUUUCUAUUGAUGUUCGAUUUUCCCACAUUAGAGAUAAAGAAAAAAAUAAUAUCCUAAAAUAAAAAAAUCAUAAGGCAGUUCUUUCCAAGUUAUUAUUUUUUAAAUAAUGUUACUUUUUAAAGGGCUUUCUCUUAAAAUAACUUUUUUUUUCUUUCUAACUGAAGGGACAGGGGUGUAUUUAGACAAAGAGAGGAAAGAAACAGGACUGUGAAUAGAAAUAGGCUGCUGUGGAACAAGACAAAUCCAGGAUUUGAUUUCUGACUCUAAAACAAUUCUUGAAAUAUUUGUCUCAAAAUAAAUACAUUUUUAGGACAAUGAAAUAUAUAUUGAACCUUUGAGUCUGUGGAUGGCUAAGAAGAACCUGCAAUGCAGUUGAGAAGAAAGGGCUAAUUAACAGAUUCUAAGACAUGGUUCACCUAAAUGGAUAUAUUUUGGGUCUUAAUAAAUCACUGUAACAACAGCUGUUUGUGUUCGUUAAGUGUAUAUAAAGGCUUCAUACAAUAAAACUUUAUGGCUUGUGAUUGCAAUGGCUAUGCUGUCUGUUUCUGCCUCAUUGUUCUAGGAGCAUUUUGUGAAUGUGACAAAGGUAUCUAUCUCAAAUGUUCAAAGUGUUCUGUACUUUCAUGAUUAUA